AUGAUGAAUCGGUCUCGCCAGUCAUUUAGUUGCAUUGUCAGUCAUCCUGUUGCAGCAGCAGCUGGUGGCGACCAACACUUUCUUAUGGUUCCCGACGUUUUCUUAUGGACUGACUGCUGGAAGAACGAGAAAGAAAGUGAGACUGAGUGGGUGAAAAGGAAAGAUGGCGAAAACAUCCAACACGGGAUUCCUCUAUUGUGUUUCCUCACCUCGGAAUUCCCGAUCGCGACAGGUGGCGCCGUGGCAGGCACAGCGCUUGGGGCAGUUUUGGGAGCCUCGGGGGGGGGGUUGUCCACUGUCGUGCUUGCUCUUGGGGAGGAAAGAGAAGAAAUUCAAGUCGAAAAAAGCAACGAGGCCACGCCGAGCACGCCUCUGUUGUUCGCGGUCCCUCCCUGUACCUGUAUCUGUAUCUGUAUCUGUAUCUGGUCUGUGCCUGUACUCCUCUGCAUCAGUGGUGCUCCCGGCGUCACACAAUACGGCUGA